GGGCUGCGUGACCACGUGACCGCUGCUGGCUGACUCGCCUCACUCACAUGACUGGAACAUUCCCGGUGUUGACGGCAAACUGAGGGCAUGAAAGAGCUGCUCGGGUUUAUCUGUUCUGCUUUUAUUCUUUCCUAACCUCCAGCAGGGCAUCGAGAGUGAACAUUAGAAGAGCCUAAAUUCGGCGUGAUUUGUAUUUGAGUGGAGCUGCGCGUUGUUUUGGCCUGAGUGCGUAACCGCAGGACGAGGCGUUUCUGAGAUCUGCUGCUGCUGCUGCUGUCGUUGUUUACAGAUCCUGAAUCUGACCAGCAAAAUGACCCACAAACUUCAGCCUGGCAUCACCACUGCCUGCUUUCUUCUGAUUGGUUUGCUGACCGUGGCUCAUGCUGUAACACUUGAGGUGAAGAAUGGGAAUAAUACCUGCAUUAAAGCUGAGCUCUCCGCCAACUUCACCAUCAAGUACAACACCAGCACCAACGGAACUGCCACAGUGCAGGUGACGCUCCCGGACUCAGCAGUAGUGGGCAAUGAGAGUUCUUGUGUUGGAUCUGGAGACUCCCAAAAGCUGCAGGCAUCGUUCGGAGCCGGGCACUCUCUGAGUCUGGUGUUCGCCAAGGAUGGAAAAUUGUACCGUGUGUCCAACCUGAGUCUGAGCUACAACCUGAGUGAUAACAACACCUUCCCAAAUGCUUCUGGUUCAGGCGUCGUUACACAGAACACGAACACCUCUGGGAUCUUGGCACAGCUCAACACCACCUACAGGUGUAACAGCAACUCCCCGUUUUCACUGGGAGGCUCGGGUGUCACCGUCAUCCUCUCCAAAGUCCACAUGGAGGCCUACAUGACCAGCGCUAACAUGAGCACUAAUGAGAGCAUUUGUUCAGCCGAUCUGCCCGUCACCACCACUGUUGCCACCACCACCGUUGCCCCCACCACGCUGCCCCCAUCUCCCACUCCCCCAAGCAAGCCAGACACUGGCACCUACAAUAUCACCACUGGUAACGCCACCUGUCUGCUGGCCAAAAUGGGGCUGCAGCUUAACGUAACGUACGACUCUAAGUCUCAGAACAAGACUGUGCAGGGCAUCGUGAACAUGCAGCCCAAUAAGACGUCCUAUUCUGGUUCGUGUGAGAACGAUACAGCUAUCCUGCUGCUGAAGGAGGAGCUCACCAACCUCAGCUUCACAUUCAAACUGAAUGCCACCACCAAGAAGUAUCACCUCAGUGCUGUCAACGUGUCUGCCAGGUGGCCCGACAUGAAGGCACCAUUCAGUACCAGUAACAGCUCUCUGAUGGAGAUGCCAGGCACGCUGGGCCACUCGUACAUGUGCAGUCCUGAGCAGACUGUGUCAGUGGUGGACACCUUCUCCCUCAACACCUUCCAGGUUCAGGUGCAGCCCUUCGGAGUUCAAAACAACAAGUUCGGAUCAGCUGAGGAGUGUCCAAUGCAGAAGGACAACAUGCUGGUGCCCAUCAUCGUGGGAGCCUGUCUGGCCGGCCUGGUCCUCAUCGUCCUGGUGGCCUACCUGAUCGGCAGGAAGAGGAGUCGCGCAGGCUAUCAGACCAUCUGAGACAAUAUCGACUGACUGGGACCGCGCUGACACGAAAAGACCGGAGUGUGUGUGUGUGUGUGUGUGUGUGUGUUUGUGUUUGAACCUUUUUCUCCAUUCGCUUUCCUCCUAUAUGAGGAAAAAUACAGGGGUCAAGUGAACUGCUCACAGGCUGACCGACUGGGUCCCUGAAACAUGCAUGUGUAGGAGUCGGUCGAAAUGAUCGGACUCCUAAACAGUGGGCCAGUAACUUAUCAGUUAAAGAAUAUUAGGAAGCUUCACUAUAAUACGUGUCGUUUUGUCUCACUUUUAUUUAGGCAAAUUUCACAUCCUGCAUUAAAAUGGCUGGUAGUUCAAAUUCUAUUUAGGAAAAAAAUUUAAAGAUUUACUGAUUGUUAGAUUCACUGUAGCAAUGAAAACAAUUUAGGGAAUAUUUGUUGGAACAUGGGUGGGGUAAAAAAAACCUGUAAUGCCUUCAUGCUUUCGCAGUUUGUUUGUUUGUUUUAACCCUGUCAGAAUUUGGGUGAGGCGUUAAUUCUGAUAUUAGGGCUUGUCCUUUUCUGCUUUUGGUUAUCUAAUGGCUGGUUUACUGCAGUUACAUACAGAUCAUCACUCAAAUUCUACCAGUGUGUCAGAAUUAUCCCUAAAGAAGUGUCUCAGAUCUCAGAGCACGUCCAUGUUGAAGCAAAAGCUUAGCAAAUCUCAACCACGAGCAAUAGAGUCCCCCACAUUUGGCUGUUUUUCAGGACAUCAGUUAGCCUUCAUGUGCUCCAUAUAGUUCACUUAUAUAGUCAACUUAUUAAUAAUGUUGGGAUCUUAGCAACUUUAAUUCCAUUGAGUUUGGUGGCAUAGUGACUUUAGCCGACUUUACCCGGCUAAAUCGAUUAAAUUAGUGACUCGUGUUGGUCACUCGCUUAAUGUGGAAGCAACUGGCCAUAAGUAUCCAACAAAUGACCAUAGAUUAGCUUGUAAAGUUGAUUUUUGAUAUUGUGAGGCAGUUUUUCUAUACUAACGUCUCAUUCUGAAUUGUGGCUGGGUUCGAUCCCCAGGUAGAGCGGUCCGGGUCCUUUCUGUGUGGAGUUUGUGUGGGUUUCCUCCAGGAGCUCCGGUUACCUCCCACAGUCCAAAGACCUGCAAGUGAGGUGAAUUGGAGACACUAAAUUGUGCACGACUCUGUUCUUGAUGUGAUGAAUCUUGUGUAAUGAGUAACUAUCGUUCCUGUCAUGAAUGUAACCAAAAGUGUAAAACAUGACGUUAAAAUCCUAAUAAACAAACAAAAUUCAUUUGAGUUUAGGUGCACUGAGACCACCUUGACAUCCAGCAGUAAACAAAAUGAGAGCAAACGUACCAUUGACGCCUGAGAAACAAAUGCUGUGUGAUCACUAGCAGGUCAUCAUUGACAUGUUAAGUAUCUGGUGGUACUGAUCACAUCUUAAAUUUUGACAGGUUGCGAUGCAAUGGGAUUCUAGGCUUAAAAUCGAAAUUCCUGGCCGCUCAGAUGGCACAGCGGUAAAAUACACACUGAACAUCAGAGCUGGGAUCUCGAAUACAUCGUAUCGAGUCUCGAGUCCGCCUGACGUCUAAGGAUGAGCAACCACAUGAACACCGAUUGGCCUGUUGUUCAGAUAGGGGUGGGAUAUUAAGCCGGAUAGGUCUCUCUCUCAUAACUAAUGCAAUUAUGACCUCUGCUGGCUGAUUGAGGGCACCUGCACAGAGACGGGAAAAGAGUGCCGUCAGGGUGUGUCUCUCCAUACACAGUGCUGAUCCGCAUUGCACUCGUUGAAGUGUAGGUGACAAAAUGCAUACGGCUGCUGCCCACAUGUCGGAGGGGUGUGGGUUAGCUUCGUUCUCCUUAAUCAGAGCGGGGAUCGGCAUCGGUGGAGAGGAAGCAUGAUGCAAUCGGGCAAUUGGACGCACUAAAAGGGGAGACGAAAGGGAGAAAAUGCAUAAAACAAAAUAUUAAAAACAAAUGGAAAUUCCUCCCCGCUUAAUCGCUGUGAUCCGUUUGCUAUUUAGUAAUCCGUUAUUAUUCAUAUAAACCCACUGGUUUGCACCAACAUCCUCAGUAGGAGGGGCUGGACGUUAUGAUGAUAUAGCCACGUCACUACAAUUCAUCACAAACAUUUUAAAUAGCUUCGAUAUGAGAGAUCAGAUCUCUCAUAAAGUUGAAACGUUUUCCAUCCUCCUUACUCAAAAUGUACAUAAUUGCUCAGGGCAGGAGUUAAUAGGGUUAAUACUGAGCACAGGAUGGUUAUCUGGGAUCUGAUUAGAUUUUGACAGAAAGCUUCACGUCUGACGUCUUCAUAACUGACUUGUGACAAAGUCAUUAUGAGCUGCUGUCAGAGUUACAUCAGGAUGUUCCUCGUUCCUUCUUUUGAAUGAAUUGUUUGUGUAAAUAAUAAUUCUAACGUGAUGUAUAAAAUGACCAGCUAUGUAUCUUGUGGCAACAGUAAACAGCCUUACAGGAUUAAGUGCUUCAAUUAAACUGACCAUAAAUCAUUUAAUAAUUUAAUUGAACCCAGAAGAAGCAUUAAGGAGAAUGGAGUACAAGGUUUAGGAGAACACAAACUGGAGGAGUAACAGCAUCAAAUGAAAGCUUACAAGCUCAGAUUCAAUAUUAAUGCGUUUGGUAGAAAUGUUCUAGAAUCACAGCCACGUCAGUUCAAGCUGAAGGACGGAUUUAACAGCUGCUUUUUCACCUAGCGUUAGCAUUAUAUACGAACGACUGAAUAGAUAUAUGACAGUUAUAGAAAAUAAUACUCGACGUUUCCGUUUUCUGUUCAUUUCACACACUAAGCUUUUAAAUCAACCCGCGAAAAGUCAGUCUGGUUUUGGUUCCACACAGCAAAAAUGAUUCAGCUGGAGUUCAUGCACACACUCUAACACAAAUAUAAUCCUGCCUGUCACCGGUCUGAAACAGGUUUAACUGACUUUACCCGGCUAAAUCGAUUAAAUUAGUGACUCGUGGUGGUAUUUUCUAUAAUAACGUCUCACUAUGAAGAAAUAAAAGUGUGAUCAUGAUGCUAAUUGUGGCUGAGAUCAUUCCCCCAGAAAUACCACAAAUAAACAUUCUCAUCUAGAUUUAAAAGACUUAAAUGACCUAAAUCAGUUCGGUGAGCACAGUGCUCAUGACUUGUGUAGUUUUAUUAUUGUUAAAUUUGUAGAUAAACGAGACUAAAAUGAAUUUGCUUAAUUGCUUAAUGAUGUUCUAACAUUAGAAUGGAGGACAGAUUUGAUCCUUGUUUCUCCCUGCUUUGUUUUUACUCUUUUCUUUUGGCAAUUCAAGUAAAAAAGGGAAGAACUCACGAGGCUCCGAGUCUCUAUUCUAUGUAUUUUGUAUAGAAACGUGUGACUUGUUCAUGUUAUAACUAACACACAGCUGUAACUGGAUUCUUAUUAACAUGACAUUGCGUAACGUGGGUGCCUCAGCUCUCUGUGUACAGCAGGGGUGUAACGAUGUGCAUAUUCAUAUUUUUAUGGUUUGCAAAAGGGAUAUGUGCAUUUUAUUUACAGCAUUAGGCAGACACUUUUAUCCAACACAAUUUAUUAUCAUGACUGGUUACAGUUUGAGCAUUUGAGGGUUAAGGGCCUUGCUCAGGGGUCCAACAGUGGCCACUCGGCGGUCCACUACAUCGACCACUGCCCUAUAUAUGAUAUGAUAUAACCCAGAACCCCAAAGGCUUUAUAGAAACAUGUAAAAUUGGUUCUUUCUGUAAUUACUAGUCCUUGUACAAAUCCUGCUGGACUCUCUGAAUGUUUAAGCAGUGUCCCAGUACUCACACUGUCUCAUUCUUGACAAGAGAUUCAGGAGCUUGAAUAUGUGUGUGUUUACAGCUCUGCACGACCAGCAAAGCUGGGUUGGCUUCCUGGCUGUGCUAGCUGGAAUAUAACAUUUAACAUUGGUGAUUUACUAACUUAAUUAAAGUGCCUGGUGCUACAUUCACCUGGUCAGAUCGAGCAAUGCCCACACGGGUCAAGAAGCUGUGCUUUUUAAGUUGUGGGUUUAGUUUCAGUAGCUAAUUGGAAAGGCGUUCUGAUAUAAACUUCAUAUAUAUUGAGGAUGCAGAAGUUUUAAAAGGAUGUGAUUGUGUGUGUGCAUUGUUACACCCGUGUGCAGUACAUUAAGAGCUCUGCAUCCUUUAAUCAGUACACAUUUUAGAUAAAACUGUAAAUGACAAUAAAAAGGAACAUUAUUAAUUUGAAUGCACGUAAUAAUCUGAAUGCACGUGUUUGCUUUGUCAUGACAUUUGUUCCGUUUUGAUUAGGGUAAUCUUUCUGUUUUUAAAUGUUUCAAGGUUUCUUUACAUUGUUGCUCUAUCUCUUCUCUGGGCUUCUGGUUGAAGGUUUCCUUCUAUAUAAUUGCAGUGAGCUUUUAUUUUUGUAGAGAAUGUUUUUUAUGCAUUUUGGUGGGGUCAAUAAAUGAGGUGAACAAUUA